AUGGAGUGUGGCAUGCAGUUGCUUCCAAUAAAUGCUGCAGAAUUGCCCUCCGUGGAUCUCAUUGCCCUAGGGGACAGGUCGUGCAGGGCCUUGUGGGCCAUGAAGAGGACUAGGGCUUUUACCCAGAGUGAGGUGGGAGCCCAAGUGCUGCAGCUCACAGGAGGCCCUUCCUACCGCCAGCCUCCCCUCGCAGCAGUACCAGCCUCUGAUCAAACCUUAAUUCCCCACGAUGAAGCCCAGGGAUCUGCCCAAUUACCACCGCACCCCCUGCACCAGCAGCACCACUGGAGGGCGGCUCUGGCAAGGCAGGACGAUGUCACAGAGGCUGGAGCAUCUAGAACCCGGAGGGCUCCUGGCCUCAGUGUCAGCUGCCAGGAAGGCUGCCUGGGUAGGUCAGUUUCUCCUGAGACCAGCCUUCAAAGACAAGCAAACGUGGCUGCCGCCAGGAGCAGUUUCCGCCUAGGGCCACCCAGGUCUCAGCCACUCUGCUUACCUGCCUCCGAGCCCCCCAUUCAAGCUCGCUUCCACUCCAUCCUGGCCACGGGUCCUGAGAGGCCCUGGAGAUGCCCGAAGGCCUCCCGUCUGCCGUUCCCAGCGGGACCUUGGGCCAUACCACAGCAGGAUAAGAGGGGCUUGGCCGUGGGGUGGCAGCAGCCAGCCCUGGGGGCAGUCCAGGCCUCGCUGAUCCUGUCGACACUGCUGGUCCCCUCGCAGGCGGUGGUGCGGACCGUGCUGGGUGGCAACUUGAGCACAGUGGACUUCGCGGAUCUGCCUGCCAUGUUCGGGGUGCCCCUGGCCCCCGAGGGUGUGCGGGGCUACCUGAUGGAGGCCAGGCCAGCCAAUGCGUGCCACCCCAUUGAGGGCCCGCAGCCGGCGGGCAAUGGCUCCCUGGGCACCAUUGUGCUGAUCCGUCGCUACGAUUGCACGUUUGAUCUGAAGGUGCUGCAUGCCCAGCGGGCCGGCUUCGAGGCCGCCAUCGUGCACAAUGUCCGCUCGGAUGAGCUCGUGCGCAUGGCCCACGUCUAUGAGGACCUUCGGCGCCAGAUUGUCAUCCCCUCGGUGUUUGUGGGGGAGGCCGCCUCGCAGGACCUGCGAGUCAUCAUGGGUUGCCACAAGUCAGCCCAAGUCCUCUUGCUGCCCGACUACCCGCCGUGCCCCGACCUGGACUGCCAUCCCAUGCUGGCCAUCUUCUGGGUGCUGGGCCGCACCCUCGCCCUGCUCAUGUCCACCUUCUUCAUCCUGCGCAGCCUGUGGAACUGGGUCUGGGCCUGGUGGACCCGCAAGCCAGCGGCGGUCAAGACACCAGCCUGCCAGAAGGCCCAGGUCCGCACCUUCACGCGGCUCAAUGACUCGUGUGCCAUCUGCCUGGACGAGUACGAGGAGGGUGAGCAGCUCAAGAUCCUGCCCUGCUCCCACACCUACCACUGCAAGUGCAUUGAUCCCUGGUUCUCCCAGGCCGCCCAGCGCUCCUGCCCCGUGUGCAAGCAGUCGGUGGCAGGCACAGAAGACAGCUCCGACUCCACCGUCCACAGUUUCGGUGACGAGGACCCCACGCUGCCUGGACACCAGCCCCCCAUCUGGGCCAUCCAGGCCCGGCUGCGCUCCCGGAGGCUGGAGCUGCUGGCCCAAGCCAGUUCACACCGCUGCUGCAGUGCCACCUCCGUGCGAGUGGCCGAGUCCGUGGCGUCCUCAGAGAGACGCCCUGACCCAUUCUGA